AUGCCGCCCCGACUUCCCCGCCUUACGCUCUUUACAGGCGGCAAAGAGUGUGGUCUCUGCGAGGCCAACCUCGUCGCCAUACGGCAUACCCAUCCUUUCGAGAUCAAGCUGUGGAAUAUCCGCGAGCCGCCGACCGAUGCCAAGGAGGAGGAAGUGCAUAAAUGGCGCAGGGCGUACCAGUACGAGAUUCCGGUUCUCCAUGUCGACGGGCAACGGGCGCUCAAGAAUAACAUCACGCAGGAGGAUCUGCGGCGAGUGCUCGAUGAAUGGCGGGCGAAGAACGCUGAGGGGAAGGAUUAG